AUGCAGAUAUUCGAAUACAAUGGAAGUGCCCUUGUGGCUAUGGUCGGGAAGAACUGCUUCGCCAUCGCCAGUGACCGGAGGCUCGGCGUUCAGUUACAGACCAUCGCUACCGAUUUCCAGAGAAUCUACAGGAUCCAUGACCGGCUCUUCAUCGGCCUCUCCGGUCUCGCAACCGAUGUCCAGACAUUGUACCAGCGACUCGUGUUUCGUCAUAAGCUCUACCAGCUUCGGGAAGAGAGAGACAUGAAGCCUGAAACUUUCGCCAGCCUUGUUUCUGCCAUUCUUUAUGAGAAGAGAUUUGGUCCAUACUUGUGCCAACCUGUGAUUGCUGGAUUGGGAGAUGAUGAUAAACCAUUCAUUUGCACAAUGGAUUCCAUUGGAGCCAAGGAGUUGGCUAAAGAUUUUGUUGUUUCUGGAACUGCUUCUGAAUCACUUUAUGGAGCCUGUGAAGCAAUGUUCAAACCCGAUAUGGAAGCUGAGGAAUUGUUCGAGACAAUCUCACAAGCACUUCUCUCAUCGGUAGACCGUGAUUGUCUGAGUGGCUGGGGAGGGCAUGUCUACGUUGUAACUCCGACUGAAGUUAGGGAAGGAAUCCUGAAGGGAAGGAUGGACUGAUCCGAUCCUAUGAUAGAUACAUCCACUUGUAUCCGGGUUUAGUACUUAAAUCAGAUGAUAACACUCGAAGGACCGUUUGUCGUUGAAAUAGCUGGUGGAAUCCGGACAAAGUUUUGAAGUUUCGUCAACAGAGGAUUCAAUUCAAAAGGUGGGGGUUGUGUUCUUGAUUCAGAUCAAAUGAUGAUGUAGAACUUUGAAGUUAGUUUCUCCUUCUACUUCACCGGUUUCUCCAAACUCCAUGGAUACCUCUUUCUCU